AUGGCAAGCGUGUUUCCUAUUCGUUUGCGUUCCCCUAGACCAUUUGUUCCUAGAACAUUUUCUCCCAAUUCUCUACAUUUAACUCUGGCGUCUCCCACGACAAAUUUAUACGUGGAACAUGUAAUUAGAACUGAGAUCUUUGGCAACGUGGCGCGGCUCUCUUUGCCAGGUGCUUCACAAAUCACGGUGAACGAAAUCGGCCUACUCGUUAUCAUCAUGGUCAGUUGUUGGUGUGUAUUCUUAAACUACACGAAAGCGGCUCCUUUUUGUGAGAAUAUCGAUAUAAAAGAAAGAUCUCUGUCGGAUAGGGCGUGA